AUGGUUCGGUCUUUAAUCCAUCUUCCAGACGAAAUCCUGCAUUCGAUUCUAUGUUAUUCUACUCCUCAAUCCUGCGCCGCCGUCGAACAAACCAACAGUCGAUUUCAAAAUGUGACAAAUGAGCGUUUACUAUGGCGUCACCAUUGCCAAUCGCAUUACAAGUUCUGGGAUGGACGACAUGAUAUGCCCCGGAAACUUGCAUACCCAGUGAAUUCAACCGAUUGGAAAGCGCUCUUUGUCUUCAAGUAUCAGGUUGAUCGAUCUGUCACUCAACUUCUUGAUAGUAUUCUUGGUAGCCAGACCGGCCGGAUCGAGAAGUUUCGCCGUGUUAUCAAUAUGGGAUACGAUGCAAAGGAUACUCUUCUACGAUAUAGCUUGAUAGAGGCUGGGGAGGAUUAUUUGGCUAGAAGAGUGCCUCGUGCCAACCACAAAAGGUACUAUGCCCACGCGCUCUUGACUUGCCUGCAUCGAAGUAUUGCCAUACCAGAAUGGGCGAAGCUCAAACGGGGAGAACCUGUGUCACUCGACAAAGCCUUGGCCUGCUUUGAUCUCUUUAUACCCGAGAGUGGAACUGGUGACUUGGAUGAAAUACGAGAGUCUCUGAAUGAGAUCCUCGACCGCUUUAUUGCGUCUCACCCAGAUCUUUACCUCUCCACCCCUCGUGAGAAGGCACUAGCCGUAGCAUCCUGGCUAGGGUUGAAUGAUCUCACGGGGAUCAAUCCAGAGCGGGAAUAUCAUUCUUUGGAGCACAACUUUUUAGGGCUAGCUCUAAAGGGCCCAGAACAUAACUCUCUGCCAUUGGUGUCAGCAGCGAUAUACUGCUUUGUUGCGCAGGGGCCAGGGGAACCCCUUUACUUGGACCCGUUUCGGGGUGUAAGAGAGACUCCCGUCUCAAAUCUGCGCAGCCAAUUAACAUUUUUGGGCAUGUCCGACAUGGACCAAAUCGCAACUUUGGGUGAAGCAUCGACUUCGAGCGUUAUCUUGCGCUGUGGUAAGAACAUAUUGAACUCGAUUCGUAUCGAACCACAAAAUCCGACCUCGCGUGGCACCUCGAUAGAUGUUGUGAGUGCAAAGUACGCAGCACUCUGGUCUGUGAUGCUACUGUCCGGCGAUUCGAGGCCGAUGGAUCUACGCCAUCAGUUGCCAUGGCUCAUGGAACUGUUUGCUACAGAUUUUCCUUCUGAUAUAUUUCUAGUCGAGCAGUACAUCGCUCCUCUUUUUCAUGGGCUGUUCGAGCAUGAACACAUACUGGAGAGCCUUCAUGUGAUGAGGGCCGUGGAUGAGAUCCCAAAGCAGAUUCGGAGGCGAACCGGUGGCAGUGUAAAUAUACAAUACAAGGUGGGCCAGAUUUUCCGCCAUCGUCGCUAUCAUUACGAGGCUAUUAUCACGGGUUGGGACUCGGAAUGUGGCGCGGGCGAACAAUGGAUGAGGAGAAUGGGCAUUGAUCGAUUAGAAGCUGGCAGACACCAAAGCUUCUAUCAUGUGCUUGUGGCGGAUCGAAGUGUCCGAUAUGUGGCUGAGGAAAAUAUUGAAAUAAUUCGGCCUCGCUUCACGGAAUUGCCGAGUAGCUUGACUGCCAUUGCGGGUAAACAUUUCAAACGGUGGGAUGAGAGGGAGCGGAUGUUUGUGAGUAAUAUGAAGGAUGAAUAUCCGGAUGACUAG